AUGGUCGUCAAGUCUAUCGAGUCCUACGAGGAGUUCCAGACCCUCAUCAACGGCGACAAGCCCAUCGUCAUCGACUUCUGGGCCACCUGGUGUGGUCCCUGCAGGGUCAUCGGUCCUAUCUUUGAAAAGAUCUCGGAGACCCCUGCCGGUGAGAAGAUCGACUUUUACAAGGUCGACGUUGACACCCAGGAGAAGAUCGCCCAGGAGGUCGGCAUCAAGGCCAUGCCCACGUUCGUCUUCUUCAACAAGGGUCAGCCCGUCAACAAGGUCCUUGGUGCCAACCCUGCUGCUCUUCAGGAGGCUGUCAGCUCGCUCUCCAACUCUCUUUGA